GUCGCACCCUUCUGCAGAAAUGGCCAGAACCUGGACGAGAGGUCCGGCCAUUGGCCGAGGCUCAACGGCCACCAUCUCCACCGCGACGGCUUUAGUCUCCGGCGAGGUCUUCGCGGUCAAGUCAGCCGAGGUUUCCAACUCGGAAUUCCUCAAGAGGGAGCAGAGGAUGCUCUCUUCAUUGAGGCCAUGUUCUCAAGUUGUAGCAUACAGAGGAUGUGACAUCUCCAAGGAAAAUGGUAAGGUUCUGUACAAUCUUUUCAUGGAGUAUGCACCGGGCGGCGCGCUCACUGAUGCAAUCGGAGAGAACGGGGGUCGGCUAGAUGAGACCGCGAUCCGAUCGCACACGAAGACAAUUCUAUUAGGCCUCAAGCACUUGCACUCCAAUGGAAUAGUACAUUGUGACAUCAAGGGGAAGAACAUUUUGGUAACAAGCGAAGGACUGAAAAUUGCCGACUUGGGUUGUGCCAAGUGGAUUGAUGACGUGUCAAAUUCUGAUUGGGAGACAAGGAUUACGUCAAUCGCCGGAACGCCGGUCUAUAUGGCACCCGAGGUGGCACGUGGAGAGCAACAAGACUUCCCAGCUGAUAUAUGGGCUCUGGGAUGCACGGUGAUAGAGAUGACAACAGGACGAGCUCCGUGGACUAAUGUUUCGGACCCGGUAUCAGUUCUUUAUAGAAUUGGAUUCUCAUGUGAUGUGCCUGAAAUACCCAACUCCAUGUCUAAAGAGGGUAAGGAUUUUUUGAGCAAGUGCUUGAGGAGAGAUCCAAAGGAGAGAUGGUCAGCCAGUGAACUUCUCAAACAUGAUUUUGUGACUCAACCCACUAAUCCAAUGAAGGAAACCAAGUGUUUUUCAGCUACACCCACCAGUACUCUGGACAUUUGGGACUCAUUUGAGGAUACAGAGACAACAAUGGAAGAAACCCAUGAAAGUUUUUUGAGUUAUCCGAUGGAAAGAAUCAAGAAAUUGACAUCAAAUUUCCCAAAUUGGUCAUGGGAUGAAAGUUGGAUUACUGUCAGAAGUAGCUGCUAUGACAUCAAUGAACCAGAAAUUUUACAAGCCAAUGAGCUCACAAGUGUUCAUGAAGCUAAGACAUCUACAAGCUGUGGCAGGAGGUCCUAUGACUUCGUUGUUGCGAUAAUUGCUAUUGCUAUUGCUAUUGCUAUUGUUGUUCUGAAAAAGUUUAUACAAACUGUAAAUCGAUGUUGUACCCAUAGAAGUAUUAGUAGGCUGAAGAGAAAUGCAUGGCUGCCAUGUAAAUGUUAUCAUGAUUUCCUAUGGAGAAAUCUUGAUUUUAGGAAUAUGAAGUUCAGUCUGCCGCAUUCUAUGCUUGCUGCUUAUGAUCAAACUCAGAAAAGCUUUUUAACAUCAUCAUAA